AUGUCCGAGCCGCCGCCGCUGCCCUGCGUGGUCCGUGGGCUGCGCUGGGGGGCCAUCACGGACACGGCAUGCCUAGAGAAAAUGCUUGUGUACAGUCUAUGGAUGGGAGAGGCUCAUACGCCCCUUGCGUGUGUGGCACAUGCGCUGGCGCAGUGGCAUACAAGCGAGCGCGUACCGUUCCUGAUGAAUCGUCUGCGUACGCCCACGCAGCUACGCGCCCAAUACCAUGAAUGCACCUCGGAGCCGAGCCGCAUCCAUACCCUAGAUACCCAUGGCAAGUCGAAGCGCAAGGCUGUGCGAACACAGCGCUGGCAAGGCUUUCCCGCUCCAUUUGCAUGGGGCACCGCGCACCCGGCGCCCGCUCAGUCCCCCGUGAGGGAUUUGGAGAUUAGGGCGGAUCAACCUGCGCUCCAAGCACUCUUCGAUGCGUACGCUGACCAACUGUGUCUGCUGCAGCUCUCUGCAGGCCUCUCGUUGUCGCGGCCCAUGUAUGGCUCAGAUACUCGGAUCCAGGCGGCCAACGAUGAGCGCGAUGAGGCGCAGUGGUUCUGUGCGGAUGUUGCCGAGAGAUAUUUUGAGCAUCUGGCGCCUCGUAUGUGCGCUACGUUGCGAUCCAAAUGCUUCGCGCCUGGCCCGUCCCUCACGCCAAGACGGCGUCGGCCUUGGAAGCGUAGCGUCUCCGCUGCCAAGCCGGGUCCUGCGCCAGAGGCGCCCCCCGUGCCGCAAGAGAGGCACCCUAUUUUGCAUGCGGAGCGCACCACAAGACGAUCGUCCUUGACCAGCUCGACUCGCAUCAGCAACGAAGUGGUCAUGUCGCGCCGGCUCGUGCGUCCUGUCAGUCUGCAGCGCACCUCUUCAGCCCCGCUCACAACGACCAUGGCCUCGUCGGCUGCCCGCCCCGCGUCGGUGCAAGCAGGCAAGCGACAGCGAACGGACUCGCACGAGGCGAGAGCGCCUGCCAAAACGCUAGUUUCUGCCACGCCGGAGCGAGCGCCCUUGCAGUCCAUGGAGCGCCCAUCCACGCCAGACUCCUCGCCGCCCACGUCCCCGACAGGACUCAAGGGGGAGCCACUGGGCAUGGAUUCGGCGUUGCAGCCGCCCGCACAGCCUGUUCGACUGACGCCGGUGGGCGCGCAAGCCUCUCCUGCCUGUGACCGCAGAUCCGUAUCGCCUAGUGAUGCGCCACGCUCUAGGAGCAUGUUGCAGGAUCGGCCGAUGCGGUCACCAGACGCGCUCGCGCGCAGCCUCGCCAACAUGGACGAGGACGAGUCGGAUGUUGAGCUCGUGAUUCCCUCGUCGCGAAAAGCGGCCAUGUAUAUUGAUCCAUUAUCCUACAUAGGCUAA